UCUGGCCGCUUCGCCUUUUGGGUCGGUUCCCGUUUACGAGAAGACCGGAGCGAGGCGGCCCAUCGAGCAGACGAUGCAACAACCACCAUCGGCGGUACGCACCGAAUGAGUCGCGAUGAAGUGGACGAGGUUUGCGCUGUUGCUGUUGCGUGUGUUGCGGUGAGCGUUGCUUCUUCUGUUGCCGUCAUGGAUUCAGUGAAGCGUCAUCUGCAUAGAGCACUUUGAGAGAAGAACACGCGCCAGGUGUCGUCCUGCUCCAACAGGCGCGAGGACCACCGGAAGCGUAGGCCAUGAUGGUCAGCCCUCGUCUGCGGAAGUUGCUUCCGCUCAUGGCCGUCUCUUUUUCUUUCUUUGCCGCCACGGGCAGCCUGAGUCCCUUCCUGAACCUGCACUUGCGCACCGUCGGCCUCUCGGACGAGGAGGCUGUCCUGGUGACCACAGCAGCCGCGUUCGCCAGCCUGCUGGGUCCCGUGCUCGUUGGGCUGGUGGCCGAAAAGCGGCGCGCCUACCGGUCCUCGCUGGUGCUGUCGCUCGUGCUGGCGGCAUCGGGCUAUUCGGCGCUCCUGGCCGUGCCCCCCGUGGUGCGCAUCCCGCGGAGCCCGCUGCUGGAGUUUGACUGCCCCUCGGGCUUGUACCUGGAGCGCUGCCCCGAGUGGGACGCCUGCACGGCGUCCGAGCUGAACCCGCUUGGGCUGGCUACGUUCCGAGUGUCCAACUGUCACUACCAGUGCGGCGGCAACCGCAGCGUGAGGCAGCCCAUACACUUCUGCUUUCUCAGCCACGAGGGCAACCUGUGCAUCAUCCACGAGGCCGGCACGCGGGACAACUCCACGACCGAGUUUGGCGCCAGCUUCUUGGCCAAGACUGCGCGCACGCUGGCCGACGUGAGCGUGUCCAAAUUCAUUGAGCAUCCAGGGCGGAGCGGUGACGAGCUGGUGGACGUGUGCAGCUUCGACCUUCUCGCGCCCAUCGUGGUCAACCAGAAGCAGUUCGACGACUACGAGUGCCGGCCGCAACCCGACGGCUGCACCAUCCGCUGCUCCGUGGCGGUGGCCGACAACCUCGGCAGACGCAUGCAGUCGGCGCGCUGCAUUCAGGUGGAGGGUGAUCCGCAGCUCACUUUCUGGGCCACGCUGGCGCUGCGGGUGUUUGCCGACGUGUGGCUGGUUACUGCCCUGUACCUCGUCGAGGCAGUGACGGUGCUCUCCAUCAACGACUUCACAGGUCUUUACGGACGAAUCAAGUUCUGGGCCGCGCUGGGCGUCGUCGUAUCCACGCUCGUCACGGGCGUGCUGCUCGACAGUGAGCUGAGUGACGACUACUCGCCGGCGGUGUUCGUCUUCGAUGGGCUCGCGCUUGUCUCGUGCAUUCUGGCACUCUUCCUGCCCGCCGUCGAGGACAACAAGGUCGGCCUGCACUAUGGACUCGGCGAAGAGCCCCGCUUCUGCUCGCUGGACACGAGCGUGCUCUUCUUGGUCGUGCUCGUGCUAGGCACGGUGUGGGGCUACCUGGAGACGUACCUCCACUGGAUGUACGCCGAAAUGGGCGCCACUCACCUGCUGGUGGCGCUGUCACUGGCGCUGCCCAUGGGCUGCGCGCUUCCUUUCCUGGCCAUCGCCAAGAACCUGGUGCGCAACAUCGGGCGCGCCAACCUGAUCGUGUUCGGCUUCCUCUUCUACGCGACGCGCGCCGCCGGGCUCUCCUUCGUCACGGCCCGCUGGUGGAUCACGCCCUUCGAGGCCAUGGAGACGUUCACGCUGCCCGUGCUUUGGGUCGCACUGGUCGCGUACGCCCAGAAGGUGGUGCCCUCCACCCAGAGGCUCACCAUACAGUGCAUCCUCAUUAUUCUUCACUUCUGCAUCGGCCGUGGGACGGGAACCAUUACGGGCUUCUUCCUGAAUGCCAAGUUCGGUCAGCGCGCCACGUUCCGCGGCGUGGCCGUCGUGUGUGCCUGUACGGGCCUGCUCUUUCUGUUCCUCUACCACACCUGUCUGCGCAGAAGACACUCAGCCGCCAUGCCCGCGACCGUCAACGGCGGCUGGUACCAGAUGCAGAACUCCCGGGCGAACGGCGACACGCCAGUCCACCGGCCCAUGAUGGGCGACCAGGACGAUUCCGACACGGGCGGCUUCGAAGACUGCCGCAAGAACUGAGAUAUGUGAUGGCCCAAGAAUCCCGUGGAAGGAAUGGGAAGAAUGGCCUCUUCCCCGCAGGGCACACCUGUUGCAAAGCUGUAGCACAUUUUCUCGGAGAAUGCUCCAAAAACUAUUUCCGGCGUAGCCCUUGAGAAGCACAUGUCUGUCUGCCUGGCGAGUUGCUAAACCGUUCAGCACGACUCUGACGAUGCUGUCUCAUGUGCCUUCGAUGACAUCAGCUUGACUUGUAUGUAUACGAACAAUCACCACCAACGUCACGAAUAUGCGUCUAUGUAGACUCGCGACGUAGUUUUCGUUUACGAGGAAGGCGACGGCCAGCUGGGUCUCUUGGCCAACUGUGUUUACAUACGAGCCGCCUUGAAUGUCACUAUAUAUGCUCCGUAAAACCGAGACUGCCAACGGAAGCUUUUUAAAAAGUGCUUCAAGUAACCGCUGGUGCGAACGAGGUUUCCAGCCGUAGGGAGUGUUGUUGCGCAAACGAAAAUGCAAAAUUUUUGUGCGACCUCAAAAUUGGUCUUUAUGUGCGUGAUGCAGGUCGUGUGCUGUUUGUCCGUCAGAUUGGCGCUGUAACGAAUGCAUCCACACCGAGUGUCGUUAAUAUGAACCACCAUGCCUCGUGCUGUAAAUAAAGUACACGUUGGUCAUCUC